AUGCAAACUAAAAAUGCUUUUUCUUGGAUAAAGGAAGAGAUUACUCGAUCCAUUUCCGUAUUGCUCAUGAUAUAUAUAAUAACUCGAGCCCCCAUUUCAAAUGCAUAUCCCGUUUUUGCGCAACAAGGUUAUGAAAAUCCGCGAGAAGCUACCGGCCGGAUUGUAUGUGCUAAUUGCCAUUUAGCUAAUAAGCCGGUAGAUAUUGAGGUUCCACAAGCGGUACUUCCCGAUACUGUAUUUGAAGCUGUUGUUCAAAUUCCUUAUGAUAUGCAAGUGAAACAAGUUCUUGCUAAUGGUAAAAAAGGGGCUUUGAAUGUGGGGGCCGUUCUUAUUUUACCAGAAGGUUUUGAAUUGGCCCCUCCUGAUCGUAUUUCGCCAGAGAUUAAAGAAAAGAUAGGUAAUUUGUCUUUUCAAAGCUACCGUCCCACAAAAAAAAAUAUUAUUGUGGUAGGCCCCGUUCCCGGGAAGAAAUAUAGUGAAAUUACCUUUCCUAUUCUUUCUCCAGAUCCCGCUACUAAGAGAGAUGUUCACUUCUUAAAAUAUCCUAUAUACGUAGGCGGGAACAGAGGAAGGGGUCAGAUUUAUCCUGACGGGAGCAAGAGUAAUAAUAAUGUUUAUAAUGCUACAGCAACUGGUAUAGUAAACAAAAUUAUACGAAAAGAAAAGGGUGGAUACGAAAUAACGAUAGUGGCUCCAUCAGAUGGACGUGAAGUGAUUGAUAUUAUACCGCCAGGACCAGAACUUCUUGUUUCAGAAGGUGAAUCUAUCAAACUUGAUCAACCAUUAACGAGUAAUCCUAAUGUGGGUGGAUUUGGUCAGGGGGAUACAGAAAUAGUGCUUCAAGACCCGUUACGUGUCCAAGGUCUCUUGUUCUUCUUGGCAUCUAUUAUUUUGGCACAAAUCUUUUUGGUUCUUAAAAAGAAACAAUUUGAGAAGGUUCAAUUGUCUGAAAUGAAUUUUUAG